AUGGCUACUCAGUGUCGAUCUCAGGCUCCUCUUGCUGGUCUAGCUGCUCAGGUAUGUCCUACUGAUCCGACUUGCUACUCUCAGGCAGUAAAACACUCAGAGUGGCGUGAGGCGAUGGAUCAAGAGUUUAAUGCCCUCCUUCAGAAUCAGACUUGGUGUUUGGUCCCUUCGACUCCUUCUAUGAAUGUCAUUGGUUGUAAGUGGGUUUUUCGUACCAAGCGCAAGGCUGAUGGCUCGAUUGAGAGGCAACUUGAUGUGCACAAUGCCUUUCUGAAUGGUAGUUUGUCUGAGACUGUUUAUAUGUGUCAACCACCUGGUUAUGCUGAUUCUCAGUAUCCUGACCAUGUCUGCUUAUUGAGACGCUCUUUUUUUAUGUUCAUACUGGUGUAUGUUGAUGAUAUCUUUGUUAUGGGGAGUAGUCAGGGCCUAGUGGAUUCAUUGUUGGCUAAAUUAUCUACUACAUUUAAGAUACGAGAUCUUGGGAAGCCAGGGUUCUUUCUUGGUGUUGAGACGAUGCAGUGUGGCGCUGAUUUACUGCUCUCUCAGCAGCGUUAUAUGAAUGACAUCUUGAAACGUGCAGGCAUGUCUGAUUGCAAGCCUUUGUCUACUCCUAUCUCUUUAACUAGGGCCUCUACAUUGCAAGCAGAUCCCUAUGAUGAUCCUACCCGGUACAAGAGUCCUUCUUGGGCUCUGCAGUAUCUUACAGUUACUCGCCCAGAUCUCUCCUUUACGGUCAAUCUACUGUGUCAGCAUAUGCAUGCACCUAGGGUUCAGCAAUGGGAGCAGCUAAAACGAGUUCUGCGGUAUGUCAAAGGUACUCUCCUAUUUGGGCUUUGUGUUCGGUCGUCCUCUUCUAGGGAACUGCAUGCCUUUUCUGACUCUGACUGGGCUGGCUGCCCUAAGGAUCGUAAGUCCACAAGUGGAUUCGUUGUGUUUCUUGGGUCCAACCUCGUCUCCUGGGUCUGUAAGAAGCAGAGGACAGUUGCUAUGUCUUCUACUGAAUCUGAAUACAAGGCCCUUGCAGAUGUAUGUGUUGAGGUCACAUGGAUUUUGUCUCUCUUGCGUGAGCUUCGCAUUACUGGUGUCUCGGUUCCCAAAUUAUGGUGUGAAAACCUUGGUGCCACCUAUAUGUGUGCCAAUCCAAUCUUUCAUGCUCGCACUAAGCAUGUAGAGAUUGAUUAUCACUUUGUUCGAGAUAAGGUGGCUGAUGGUGAGAUUUAG